GGACUAAUUCAAAGUCCCUCCCACUGAUUGCACGGAAAUUGUUCCUCUUAUUGACCUAUAAAAAUUCCCUAACCUUUUAUUCUUUCCUUAGUUUCAAAAAAAGUAAUAAUUACAUCAAUAAUUGCUUUUUAUUAUUCUCUUUUGUGUUGAUUACAUUUGAUCAUUUUCAUCAUGAUGAGGUCUAGAGCUAUCACUAACAAACUUUAUUCAUCUUACCUAUUGACAACUUCUAAAUCAUUCCCCACAUCUUCUUCUAUUGUCCCUCCACUUCUGGUUAAAAAAUUUAAUGGUUCUAUUUUCCCUCAAUUUCAAGGUUGCAAGAACAAUUUUCUUUUUCCAAGAGUGUAUAUGUCUGCCUCCUCAGCUUUAUUGAAUGAGGAAGUGAGAGAUAAAGGUAUUGGAUUACUCAAAGCAGUUGAGGAUCAACAUGGUGGAGUUAUUGUAAACAUGGAGGAGCCUAUGGAUUCUUUUGUUUUUGCUUCUUUGCUGGAAGCUUCAAUAUCACAAUGGAAAAGACAGGGAAAAAAGGGAGUGUGGAUCAAGUUGCCUAGAGAACAUUCAAAUCUUGUUGCUUCUGCUGUUAAGGCUGGAUUCAAAUACCAUCAUGCUGAACCAGAUUACUUGAUGCUUGUGUAUUGGAUUCCUACUACUCCUGAUACCAUUCCUGCAAAUGCCUCUCACCGCAUUUGUAUUGGUGCUUUUGUAAUGAAUGACAAUAUGGAGAUCCUUGUGGUUCAAGAAAAAAAUGGGAGAUUCAGUGGCAAAGGAAUAUGGAAAUUGCCCACUGGAGCUGUUAAUGAGGGUGAAGAUGUUUGUACUGCUGCAAUUAGAGAAGUCAAAGAGGAGACAGGAAUAGAAGCUGAAUUUGUUGAAGUUUUAGCAUUUAGGGAAAGACAUAAAUCUUUCUUCCAGAAAUCAGAACUGCUCUUUGUAUGCAUGUUGCAACCUCGUUCCUUUAACAUUCAGAAGCAACUUUCAGAAAUUGAAGCAGCUCAGUGGAUGCCAAUUGAAGAGUAUGUAGCUCAGCCUUUUGUAAGAGAAAAUGAGCUAUUUGACUUUCUUACAAAAGUUGGUUUAUCAAAGUUGAGUGGAAAGUACUGUGGCUUUUCUACCCUGCUCACUAGCACAUCCUCUUGCAAGAAAUCCUAUGUCUACUUAAACAAAAUUGAUGCUGCCCAUUUGUCAACUUCCAAACCUCACCAAACUUAAUGCCACCGAUUUAAUUAAUUUGAUUUAUUUAUUUACUAAGGUCUAUUAGCAUUGUACAAAAAUCUCAAACUUAUAGGUUCAUUUCAUUCAAGUCUUUCAUUCUUCUUUGUGUAGAUGAAUUUCAAUUUGUUUAUUUAGUUUUUCAAUAAAUUAGAAGUCAAGUAUCAACCAUAUAGUUGUUCAAAUUCUUUAUUGUAAUAUAAUAAUUGCUUGUUGGCUGUACCAUUAUUGUUAAAAGUAAUGAGAAUCACCUUUUCCUUUUCUUUUCCA